AUGUUUGGUAUGAGUAAUAUUAUCAUUACAUUUACAUAUACUUGCUAUUUAAUUAAAUCAAUUGAUAUUGUAUUAAUUGUUAUAGCUUUUCUAAGGAAUCAACUAUCCAUAACUGUUGGAUAUUCGCUACUGGUAGUAAUUAUAGGUAACCAACAAAACUUAGCAGUAUAUGCUAUAAAACAUUAUGAGCCUCAUUGUUUUAGGUGGACUAAAUAUACUUAA